GUGGGGGUGCAGGGGGCGGGACAGAGAGGGCAGAGAAUAAAAGCUGCUCACGACAACCGCAGAGAUCACAAAGUCUGAGACAGGAAGGCUUGGAAGCUGCAAGUACCUGCAAGUAUUUGUUCUGAUUACUGCAUCACCAGGAAAGAAGACAAUGGGAGACUUAGUGAAAGCUACCCAAUCAAUUACCAAGGCUCAGGAUUUCAGAGAUGACACCAAAAUAAUAAUGCAACCAUAUGCUAACUGGGAGGAGUACUUGGUACCUGCCCCAGUCUCCAUAGCCAUUCUAGGGGAGCUGGUCUUUAUUUCUUCCAAUGUAGAUUUCUCCAUUGGCCAAAAGCCUCCUUCUGGUGGGUUUCAGUACAUCAAGUACCCAGACUCAUUCCGUGCCUGUCUUAUGCAAGUGGCUAAUGCCGGAUGGGCGGCAUUCAAUACAGCUCACACAAACAUGGACCAGAUCCGUCUCCACACUGGCAAUGUGCCAGCUUACAUCAAGGAGUCAGUGAAUAUAUUACUGAAGGAGGAUGAUAAGCUUGUUGAAAUUUGUCUCCCUGACCAAAUAGAACAAAUAUCUACUAUAUCAGAUGAAUGUGUAAAAUUGGCUGAUCAAGCAGAGAAAAAGUUCACCGCUGUAAUUUAUCUGAUCCAAGAACUUUUGGAAGCUUGUAUAAGUGCAAAGAAGGUAUAUGGUGAUGAUCUGGAGGCUAUCAAGCGUAAAAUUGAGGAGACAAAUAUGAGAAAAGAGGAUUCAGAGAAAGCAAAGGAAAGGGCUCAGAAAACACUUGAGGACAUGAAUAAACGUUUAGAUGAGUCACAGAAGACUUUUGAUAAAGCAAUGGAUUCACUGCCGUCUGGGUGGGAUGUGAUUGGCAUGAACUUUGUAGAGGGACUCACUGAUGGUCUGUUAGGUAUAUUUUCACAUGCAACUAAAAGCAUGGCAGAAACACCAAAGGACAAAAAGGACCAUGACGACGUUGGCGCUAUGAGCAACGUACUUUCCAAAGCAGGGCAGAUUCUGAAACUGGCCCAGACACUGAACAGCUUCAUUGACAAACAGCAAAUUAAAUGGUCUGAUAUAUACGAUCAAAAGGAAGACAAAACAAAGACGGCGUAUGUGGGGGAACAAUAUACUCAGAUAAAAACCUCAGUGGAGGACGAGAAAGACUGUAAAGCCAAAAAGGCCACACUCGACAUCUGCACAGACGCCAUUGAACUGUGCUCUGAGCUCUCAAAGAUCGCACCUGACGGGAAAUGCGACGCUGCCAAGACAAAGGGCUUGAUUGGAAGAAUGCAGGAGCUGUUGAAGCAGUGUCGGAAAUUAGACUGUGACAACAAGGCCUUCACAAACACUCCAGCCUUCCAACCUGAACCGCCGCAUCAAGCAAAAGAAGGUGGAGGAAAACGGGCAGGUGAGAUGGCGGUGGAGAACGCCCGUUACCGCAUAGAGGAAGCUAAAACUCAGAUGGAAAAGGCAAGAGAGAUGCAAAAAGAGAGUUUGGCAAACCUGGAGAAAAACCAGAAGGAGCUGACAGAGAUCUUAGUCACACUGCGGGGUUGUCAAGUGAAAGAGAUCGACUUCAACACCACCAUUAAGGUACUGGUUAAGGGUCUAGAUGCGAUGGGAAGAGUGAAAGAGCAGUGGGAGAAGAUGGUCCGCUUCUUUCAGAUGAUCUCAAACAUCGUGAAAUCCUGCCUGAGUACCUCUCUGACAAAUUUUGUCAAAAAAGCUGGACAGGCAUCUCAGAAAAAGCUGCCGUAUGACACAAAGAAAUAUCUCAAAGAUGCAAUGUACCAGCAGGCCCUUGCUGCGUCGAAUGUAGCCAGCUUGGUUAACAUGAUCUCAGGGACCUACGUUGAGGUUUCUGACAAACACCUGAUGGACAGGGUCAGCAGUCUGGGCAAACUCAUGGCUCUGGAUCCCAGCAAACCAGAUUUUGAGACUGAACGCAAAAAAUUACAAGAUGCAUGUGAUGCAGCUCAAGACGCAAUAAGGGAUCUUGUGGUAACAAACAGGAAGAAAUUUGAUCUGAAGGCAAAAGAGAGAAUGGAGAAGAUUGUAAUGGAGCUACAGCCAAUGUUACCCCCAGUAUCUGAGGAGAAAAUGAAAGAGAUCAAAGAAAUUACAAAUUCUUCAUUUAAAGAAAUGAGUAAGGAGGAUGAGGAUCAGUAUGCAUAAAGGUUCUGCAAAAACAUAAAUGAAUCUUAAAAUUAUGGUAGAACAGGAAAAUAUAUCUGAAUAGUUGUGUUGGUAUGCAUGCAUGCUUAUAUUUAACACACAUCAGUUAAAGUUUUUGUGUACUGCUUGAAAUGGUAUUCUGUUGGUAAUUAGUAAUUCAUUUUGUUUAACUGAUGCUAGAUUUACUGCUGCGUAUAAUCAGUAUGAGUCUCAUCCAGGGAACAACCAAAGCAAUCAGUGAAAGGAAAAAUGUGGCAGAUGGGUUUGACAUGUGGAGAAAACCUUUUUUUAGUUCAAGUGCCAGGUCUGAAGACACCCUGGAGUCUGGGACACCAAGCAAGUUCAACACAGCUUAAGCCCAGGGGUGGAGAUCCACUAGCAGAAGAGACCUGAAGUCAGGCUGAUCUCACGAUCAAAGGUCAAGGCAAAAGAGGUAGAAGACGACAACCCAGGGUCUCACCAAAGAUCACGUCCAUCUCACAGCUCUGGGUUCGCGUUUGCAUGUUUUCCCACUUUGCAAGAGCUCUUCAGAGCCAUGAACUUGUGAAUUUGUGCUUCACAAACUGUAGAGAUGGAGACAUGAAGAGUUUUAAUCCAGUUAUUUAAUGUUUGAUCCUUCAUGUAAUGUGUUCUGCUUAUAUGCAUUUAACCUCAAAGAUUAAAAUUAGUGACUGGUAUAAAUUUACAUAUCAGGGUCUAUAGGAGAGGUAGCAGUGUGCAGUUAAAAUCGUGUGAAUUGGAAAUCAUAUAUAAACAGAUUUUGUUUGGUGUUUGGGCUGUGGGAAAGAGCAGUCAUGUGACUUUGUUCUAAUUUCAAGAUAAAAAAUAAAUAACUCCAUGUAUCAAA